AUGUUGGAAAAGAAUGGAGACAACGAACUGUGUACCAUCCCCUUUAUCCUUCCUAAUAAGCCAACCCCAACACCCGCAUACAAACCCAUCAACAAACAAUUAACCUCCUGUCGAUGGAGCUAUGAACUUGUGGUUUAUAUGAUUCAAUGUAUUGUGGAGACUAUGGUGUCGAAAUAUCCGGAUAUAAUAAAAAAGGUUGAUGAUGCACUUGGGUGGACUUGCUUACACUACGCAGCAUUUGGAGGGAACCUUGAAGCAACUCAACUGUUGAUGCAACGUGACAGUUCUGUUUCUUACAGCUUGGACAAAUCUGGAAUGUCAGCUCUCCAUGUCGCGGCCUAUGCAGGUCAUACCGAUGUAAUGGAAGAGAUGAUUCGGUGUCGGCCAGAUAUUUGUGAUUUGGUCAAUCAUUAUGGCCAAACGGCUCUACAUGCUGCAGUUUUAGGUGGACGAAUAAAUGUCAUCAUGUAUUCACUGAACAUGCCUAAGCUUGCAGUACUAAUAAACGAAGCCGAUGUGGAUGGAAACACUCCGUUGCAUCUGGCAGCCAUCAAGAAAAAUCCUGAAAUUAUAAGAGCGUUGACAGGCGACCCUAGAGUGGACAAGAUUGCUACCAAUGGGAAAUUCUCACAGGCCUACGACAUUUGUCUUAGCCAGAAUAUUGGAGAACAGGAAAUCUUCGGCAGUAGUAGUCCUAGGGUUCUGGAUAACCUAAGCAGCUCCAUUGGUCUUCCAUAUUUCCAUGGCCAAAUCAGACGUGAUUUCUGGAAUGUUCCCGAGAAGGAUACCAUUGAAGGAGAGAAAGAACAUGAGCAAAGACGUGGAUCCAGACUCCUGAUAGCAACGGUUGUUGCAGGCAUUACAUUUGCAGCAACUUUCGUCGAUACUGGAGCAUCAGGAAGCAAUGGAAAAAGAAUAGAUAGGCAAAAACUUGGUGAUGCCAACCCGUUCAGCUUCAAAGUUCACUCGGCUUUCUGUCUCAGCAAUGUUAGUAGCAAAUGCUGCGUGGUUUUCUGCAACGCAGCACGGAGACACCAAAUUGAGUCUGCGCGGAAGUGUAAAGUUUAUAAUCUCUAA